UAAUGCUUGAUGUAAUUAUGCCAUUAUGUACUACUAUGAGUAUUCCUUUUUCAUUAAAUUACUCGAUCGUUGGUUGUAGAUGGCAAACGUCGUGUGUUUCUACAGUCUACAGACCGUAGUAGAGCAGGUCUGUUUUUUUAAUGCGAUGGCUGGGGCACUGCUAAAGCAAGGGAAUUAUAUUGUGAACGCGGCGGAGUACAAGAUGCUGCUUACCGCUAUUUGGGAAGAUUGGUCAACCGAUAGACUGACUGAUGAAUUUGAAAUUAUGGUCGAGUACGCCAAAAGGGGAGCCCUUUUUUCUCGGUUGUACUGCGGUAGGAUAAAUCAUAUUGAAAACUCGAGUCCCUUCCGUGAUUCAUUUUAUACACCGUUACAAUCGAAUUACAGGACUUGGCGUUUUCUGUUGCAUAAACAUCGUUUCAAGAAUGCGCUUUCAGAUUUAUCUGUCGACACUGAAAAGGGUGGAAUGCAGGAUAAGAGUUAUGAGAGAGUGCUUCAUUCGAUUCGAGAACACCAAUAUGCUACAAAGUCAGUACUGAAAUUAGAAAAACAUUGGUCGCCACCUUUCUCUUGGUAG